GGCAGUUCACCACAACAUCAGACAUCAUGGCCUCCGCAGCUCCGGAGGAUUUACCGGAGAACCGGGAGGGUUUAGCGGCCUCAGGAGACACCGGGACACCGGAGGAAGACACACGGACACCGGGGGGAGACACCGGGAUGGCUGGAUCCCGGACAACAACCUUCGUUCAGAGACACAGCCGGAGAAGGAGCUCUGAGAGCAGCAUGGAGGAGAACAAAGAGACCCCUGGAGCUCAGAAACCGAAAGGAAGAGAGAGUCUUCACAGCUGUCAGCAAUGUGACAAAUCCUUUACAACAUCUGGACAUUUAAAGCGCCACCUGCUUAUUCAUACUGGAGAAAAAAUAUACAGCUGUGAAGAGUGUAGGAAAACAUUCACUAGAUCUGGUGAUCUCAAAACACAUCAACGUAUUCACACUGGAGAGAAAACGUACAGCUGUGAAGAGUGUGGGCAAACUUUCGCUCAAUCAGGUCAUCUCAAAUCACAUCAACGUAUUCACACUGGAGAGAAACCGUACAGCUGUGAAGACUGUGGGAAAACUUUCGCUCAAUCAGGUGCUCUCAAAUCACAUCAACGUAUUCACACUGGAGAAAAACCGUACAGCUGUGAAGAGUGUGGGCAAACUUUCGCUCAAUUAGGUGCCCUCAAAUCACAUCAUCGUAUUCACACUGGAGGAAAACCGUACAGCUGUGAAGAGUGUGGGAAAACUUUCACUAGAUCAGGUCAUCUCAAAACACAUCAACGUGUUCACACUGGAGAAAAACCGUACAGCUGUGAAGAGUGUGGGAAAACAUUCACGACAUCAGGUAAUUUUCAAACAAAUCAACGUAUUCAUACUGGAGAAACACCGUACAGCUGUGAAGAUUGUGGGCAAACUUUCGCUCAAUCAAGUGAACUCAAAUCACAUCAACGUAUUCACACUGGAGAAAAACCGUACAGCUGUGAAGAGUGUGGGAAAACUUUCACUAGAUCAGAUCAUCUAAAAACACAUCAGCGUGUUCACACGGGAAUAAAACCAUACAGCUGUGAAGAGUGUGGGAAAACGUUCACUAGAUCAGAUGCUUUCAAAACACAUCAUCGUAUUCAUACUGGAGAAAAACCGUACAGCUGUGAAGAGUGUGGGAAAACAUUCACGACAUCAGGUAAUUUUCAAACGCAUCAACGAAUUCAUACUGGAGAAAAACCGUAUUCGUGUGAAGAGUGUGGGAAAACGUUCACUACGUCAAGUGCUCUCAAAACACAUCAGCGUGUUCACACAGGAGAGAAACCGUACAGCUGUGAAGAGUGUGGGAAAACAUUCACCAGAUCGGGUCAUCUCAAAUCACAUCAAUGUAUUCCCAGUGGAGAAAAAACGUACAGCUAGGAAGAGUGUGGGAAAAACGUUCAGGACAUCAAGUGAACUCACAAUCCAUCACCGUGUUCACACAGGAGAGAAACCUUAGUGGUUUUAAGAGUGUGUGUUACGGCUGCUUUUUCUGUCUGCUCGUUAACCUGUCUGGGAUUGUUUGCAGCUGUGUGUGUGUGUGAUAUGUAAAUGAGCUGUGUGGUUGCCCCAACGUCAUUGGCUGUCAUCUCCUGGUCCUCCUCCGAAGACACUGAUUGGAGCACGCCGGGCCCGACGCUCUCCAAUCCCGUGCAAUCCCAGCGCACACCUUCCGGAGAUGACUACAAAGCCUGGGGACAAUUAUCACUCGGGAGGCUCUGUGAUGUGGGACAGACGCCUCUAGCCUCUUGUUAUACUUGUGACGAUUUAGUGACUUCUGUGUGAAAGCUAUACUGUUUAACAGCGUGUUAAAUUAGAGCUUCUGUGUUUAGUUAGGUAGUGCAGUGUACUUGUGCAAAUAGUAUCCAGAGUAACUUAGCUGUUAGCGUUUGACAAUAAUUAGCAGCUGUGUUUUCUACAGUCUUUCAGUUACUAAUGCCACGUUAAAAGUGAGGGUUUUGUGUUCCUUUAUUCAAUAUUUGUAUAACCUGUAAGACACUCUUUUGGAGUUCUCCUUUUGUUGGUUGUUGCGACCGGUAUAUGGCACUUUGUUUGUGCUAGGCUAGGCGUUAUUAUAUUGUUACCACUAUUACUUAUAAAUAAAUAUGUAUAAUAAUUACCAAUUCCACACUGGUGUAUGUUGUUUCUCCCUACCCCUAGAGAGGGGCGUAACAGUGUGGCAAAACGUUUUCUCAAAGUAUUCACCUUAAAGUCCAUGAGCGCAUCCACACUGCAUAGUUUUGAAUGAGAGUUCUGACUAACAGACUUCAAUUCACAGUCAGUCUUGUUUUAAAAAACAUCAACGUGUUCACACUGGAGAAAAACCGUACUGGUGUGAAGAGUGU